AGUAUUUUGCUGGUCAUCUCUUCGGUCUUCAGUCUUCAGCUUCACUCUUGUCAAAAGAUCGUUUUCAUUUUGUGUUCCAGAAAUAAUUCCACUUCAUUUUCUGUUAGUUCAUUGAGAUAUCUUUAACAUGGAAACAGAACAACGUGAAAAAGGUCUCCAAGAUUACCGGAAAAAGUUGUUAGAACACAAGGAAGUCGAAUCCCGAUUGAAAGAAAUGAGGGAGCAGCUUAAGGACCUGACGAAACAGUACGACAAAUCCGAAAAUGAUCUGAAGGCUUUGCAAAGCAUGGGUCAAAUAGUCGGUGAAGUUUUGAAACAGCUCACAGAAGAGAAAUUCAUCGUCAAAGCCACUAAUGGCCCCCGAUAUGUCGUCGGAUGCCGCCGGCAGUUAGACAAGUUGAAGUUGAAGGCAGGCACAAGAGUAGCUCUAGACAUGACCACAUUGACCAUCAUGCGCUAUUUACCACGUGAAGUUGAUCCACUAGUUUACAAUAUGAGUCAUGAAGAUCCAGGAGAUGUCACUUAUUCUGCUAUUGGAGGUCUCUCUGAGCAAAUCCGGGAGCUCAGAGAAGUAAUUGAGUUGCCUCUGAUGAACCCUGAGCUGUUCAUGAGAGUAGGCAUCACACCUCCCAAGGGUUGUUUAUUGUAUGGCCCCCCUGGUACAGGUAAGACUCUUCUUGCCAGGGCAGUGGCUUCUCAGCUAGAUGCCAACUUCUUGAAGGUUGUGUCUAGUGCUAUUGUGGACAAAUACAUUGGUGAGUCUGCCAGGCUGAUCAGGGAAAUGUUCAACUAUGCCAAAGACCAUCAGCCUUGCAUUAUUUUCAUGGAUGAGAUUGAUGCUAUUGGGGGUAGGAGGUUUUCUGAGGGUACCUCAGCAGACAGGGAGAUCCAGAGGACUCUUAUGGAGCUUCUGAACCAGAUGGAUGGUUUUGACUCUUUGGGACAGGUCAAGAUGAUCAUGGCUACCAAUAGACCUGAUACUUUGGAUCCUGCUUUGUUGAGACCUGGUCGUUUGGAUAGAAAAAUUGAGAUUCCUUUACCUAAUGAGCAGGCUAGGUUAGAGAUCCUGAAAAUUCAUGCUUUACCUAUUGCUAAGCAUGGAGAGAUUGAUUAUGAGGCAAUUGUUAAGCUUUCUGACUCUUUCAAUGGUGCUGAUCUCAGGAAUGUUUGCACUGAGGCAGGUCUUUUUGCUAUCAGAUCUGAAAGAGAGUAUGUGGUCCAGGAGGAUUUCAUGAAAGCAGUGAGGAAAGUAGCUGAUAAUAAGAAACUUGAAAGUAAAUUAGACUAUAAGCCUGUAUAAUCACUCAUAAAACAUAUUAUUAUUGAUUUUUCCUUAUUCAGUACAUUUUUUGUGUAUUUUCUAUAGUUUUACUAUCCAAUUUUCACAUUGACAUUCAAUGUCAAUAGAUAUCUCAAGGUUUUUAGUUCAGAUAUAAUGGAGAAAUCAUAACUAGGCAAAGGAAGCUCAUUUACAAUGAACAUAUUAUUAGGAACCCACAACAUAGAAAAUACAAGGUGGUUCAAAAUUUGAUGUAAAUAUUUCAAGUACAUUUUGUUGGGAUCAAAAUAAAACUGUUUCUUCUGUUCUAC